GCAUGAGCGGGUCGGCGGCGGAAGGCAGGGCCCGCGAGGAGGAGCCCCGGGAGCCGCCGCCGCCGCCGCCACCGCCUCCUCCUCCUCCUUCCCUCCCUCAGUGUCCGCCCGAGCCGGCCCGGGAGGGGAGAGAGGCCCGCAGCCCCCACCAUGAACAAGUUGAAGUCAUCGCAGAAAGACAAAGUUCGCCAAUUCAUGAUCUUCACACAGUCCAGUGAAAAGACCGCCGUGAAUUGCCUGUCUCAAAAUGACUGGAAAUUAGAUGUUGCAACAGAUAAUUUUUUCCAGAAUCCUGAACUGUAUGUACGAGAAAACAUAAAAGGGUCGUUGGACAGAAAGAAGUUAGAGCAAUUAUAUAAUCGAUAUAAAGAUCCCCAAGAUGAGAAUAAAAUCGGUAUAGAUGGUAUACAGCAGUUUUGUGAUGACCUAGCACUGGAUCCCGCCAGUAUUAGCGUGUUGAUCAUUGCCUGGAAGUUCAGAGCCGCAACUCAGUGCGAGUUCUUGAAGAUGGAAUUCAUGGAUGGGAUGACGGAAUUGGGAUGUGACAGCAUAGAGAAACUGAAGGCCCAGCUUCCUAAAAUGGAGCAAGAAUUAAAAGAGCCGGGAAGAUUUAAGGAUUUUUAUCAGUUCACUUUCAACUUCGCAAAGAACCCAGGACAGAAGGGUUUAGAUUUAGAAAUGGCCAUCGCCUACUGGAAUUUAGUACUUCACGGAAGAUUUAAAUUCCUAGACUUGUGGAACAAAUUUUUAUUGGAACAUCAUAAAAGAUCUAUACCGAAGGACACUUGGAACCUUCUUCUAGACUUCAGUACGAUGAUAGCGGAUGAUAUGUCAAAUUAUGAUGAGGAAGGGGCCUGGCCGGUUCUUAUUGACGACUUUGUGGAAUUUGCACGCCCUCAAAUUGCUGGGAUAAAAAGUACGACAGUGUAGCGCUAAACGAACCUUCUGGAAUGUACAUAGCCUUGUACAAAUAAAAAUAAACGAGGACCGAUUGCACAGUCGAUUUCCGCUGGCAGGACUGAACAGGACUGAAGACCAAUCCUCGCAAAGUGAAGGCUGAGGGUUGAGACCAACCUUUUAAGGAUCUCCCUUGGACCAUAUCAGACUGCGGCCAUCUCAGGCUCCUCUCCUAGCCCGGGCCAGCCUGGCUUAUUUAAAGAAAAAAACAAAAACUCCAGCAGUGUGGACUUUUUUUUUUUUUAAAUGGAGGACCCUCAUCAUUCCCAUAAACCUUAAAAUGUG